AUGGAACAGGGGGAUGCAGUUGCUAUGGGUGGUGGCGGUGAUGAUGGGUUGGGAUUGAGCCCAGCUGAAAAGGGUCGUUUUACAAAGCGGGUACGCUCUGAUGGGGAUGUUCUCAGCACCGUUACUGGCCGUGACAACGAAGUAGCGCGCGAGCGACGCCCAACGCGAUUUACUGUGCGACCCCAUUAUUUUCUUCCUGGCGACAUUGUUUGGGUGCGCCCGGCUGGGCUGCCGUAUUGGCCGGCGGAGGUGGUUCAGGCGGAGCUCGCAACUAACAGUGUCACCGCGCGCCUUUUUGAUCCCCCGGCGUCACUCCUUCCGCCCGCGGACGAAGACGCGUUACGGGGCCACGUCACGGUGUCUAGCACGAAGGUGUUCUUUUUUGACCGCCUUCAGACGCCAGAGGAGGUAGAGGUGUGCGUCGAACAGCGACUGCAGCGGAGGACGCACAACGUUUCCGCCUACGAGGCAGACUUCCAGCGCGCCGUUCUGCAUGCUAAUCGGUUGGUGCGCAUUGUUCUAAGUCCGGAAAAGCUUCAGCCGUACUCCAUCUGCGGGGUUGGGGUGGUGCACAGUCUGAUGCGAACGCACAUAUCGGCCCCACGGCAGCCGCACACAACAAACUUUGCCCCCCAAACUGCCGUCAUUAAGCUGCGGGUUGGACUCGAGAACGCACUUCGAGACCUGCGUGGGUUCGAGUUCAUUUGGGUGUUGUUUUCCUUCUCAUACUCCACUCUGGCGGAGGAGCAGGAAGGUGAGAACGGGCCGAGCACUGUGGAGACCCUGCCAGAAGGAACGUCGCGUCGGCGACGACGACAAGGCGCUGAGCGUUCCGCAGGAUUUAAAACAAUGCUUGUGCCGCCACGGGACACGGAGCUGCGAGGGGUCUUUGCGACGCGAAGUCCGCACAGACCAAACUUUAUUGGGCUCUCAUGUGUGCGGCUUGUGGCCGUGCGUGGGCUAGAGAUUCACAUUGCCGACCACGAUCUUCUGCACGGCACACCCGUGCUUGAUAUUAAGCCGUACUUGCCAUUCUGCGACGCCCACCCGGACGCAAAGGCGGGUUGGGUGGAAGAGUUGGAUACGUCUGGCGGGGGUGGUGCAGACCACAAGUAUAACAUGCAGCGGCGACAGGUGGACCGUAUCUUUGAGGGGGAAUGA